AUACAGUAUGGAAGGAGCGAAGAGGCCGCGUCACGAUGUUGCACCUAGUCCGCCAGUGAUGUCUCAGACUCAAGAUGUACAACAGGCGUCAGCAAUGGACUCACCUGCCUUUCAACCAGUGAAAAUGGCAACCAAAGAAUCCAAAGUCCAGUCCGGUUUUGUUGAUAACUGGCAGAAAGGAAAGUCGGUUAUUGAGAGUCUCAAAUAUUCACUGAAGGAAAAAAUUAUGUGUGAUGUUACCUUCAUUGUGGGAGAAAACCGGAAACGAAUACAGGCUCACAGGUUCAUACUGAGUCUGCGCAGCUGUGUAUUCAUGGCGAUGCUGAAAGGACCUCUGGCGGAGCAGGAUGACAUUGAAAUCCCAGAUAUCGAGUCUGAUACAUUUGAACAGGUUUUACAGUUUUUGUACACUGAUGACAUCAUCAUAGACGGGAACAACGUCGUCAGGCUAUUUGUUAUGUGCAAUAAAUACAACAUCGACUAUUUGGAAGAGAAAUGUCUGAAAUACAUUUGGCAAAAUGGCGACGCAGUUUUAAAAUCUGAUAGUUUCUGUGACCUCUGUCACGACUGUGUUGUGAAGGUUAUAGAAGCUGAUCAACUAAAAGCCAGCGAAGAGUCUGUUUUUGAAGCUUCCAUCGCCUGGAGCGAGGCAGAGUGCAUACGACAAGGAAGGGAGGUAACUCCAGAAAACAGACGCAGCGUUCUUGGUGAUAGUAUGCAUCUGAUUCGGUAUUCUAAAAUUGACCCAGAAUAUUUUGUGCAGAAAGUAUCGCUGUCAAGUUUGUUGACGGAAGCUGAAGAAAACAAGAUCUUCAGAUCUUUCAUCAUACGAGGCGAGGAUGUUUCACCAUUUAGUUCACGCUACAGAAAAGGUACAAACAAAACUCGAAUUGAAAUCAAUCGAUUUGGUGAAAUUAAGUCUACGUAUACGAACAGUAAACAAACUACUCGUGAAUGCAUUGCUUUUCAUCUGAAUACCAGUGCAAAACUACAAGGAUUUCAGUUGUAUGGAUCUACCUUACAUGAAUUCGCAGUUUCUACGAAACCUUCGAGUGAUUAUACCAUAGAUGUCGUCACAGCUUCUAUCUGUGACACUACAACAGAUGAAAUAGUAUCUGGAUCGUCAGUAUCGAAGAAGAUUCAAUCGAAUAAAGUCAUCUUUGACGUAGCUUUUCCUCGUCCUGUCCAGCUCAGUGAGAAUAGAACGUAUAAUCUGAUGGUCAACACCGAAAGAAAAACUGGAUACGGUGUUGACCGUUCUUGGUCACAAGAGCCUUCGACUGAAGAAAGAAUCUACUUCAGUGGUAUGCAGGGCAAAUCAGUUGUAAGACAUGGCUCAUUGACAUGUUCCUUCCACAACUACAAGGAAUGCAAACAUUUCAAAGGAGAGAACAGCACUUGUGUUGAAACUGGACAGAUACCAUGUUUAAAAUUCUUGCUGUAA